CUGGGUGGCAGGUGCCUUGGAGGUGGGGAAUUUGGGAAAGGGGGAAUCCCUAAUCCCCCUGCAGGAAAGUGGGGAGAUCUCACUCACCCAGCUGGGGAGAGGGAGUAGUUCCCGUGACAGAAAAAGAACAUGAGGCGGUCACUGGGUGUGGGCGGAGCCUGCCUAUCACCGUGCCGGAGCCUGGGGGCGAAAGGGAGCACUCUGCACGUGGGUGGCGGGAGCACCAUUUUGUUUACUGGCGAGUUAACGCAAGGUCGGGCGUUGCGCAUGUGCCCAGAGGCUCGGAUAGGUGCAUUCGUCACUGCGCAAGGGAAGGGAGGGAGAUGCCGGAAAUACGCAGGCGCGCUAGGGCCGGCGGCGCGGAUUGUGACGGAUGUAAAACAGGUUAUAGGCGGUUGGGACUCAAGUGCGCAGGCGCAACGACGUUGCUAGGAGAAGAGCAGGGGCGCGGAUGGAGGGGCAGGACUGCGCAAGACACUAGUAGUGCGCAGGCGCGGCAUUAGCCGAGUGUCUCUCUUCGCAGGCGCAGUUGCUCGUAGGCGGUGGCAUUCAGCGCGCUGCGCAGGCGUGUUGACGGCCGGGUGGUGCCUUCCUCUUUCCUUCCCAUCUGAGCGUUCGGAGGGUCUGAGGUGCUGCCGCCAUUUUGUCAGGCGUCCCGGUGCCAGCUCGGCCGCGGCCAUGCGUCCCGGAGUGAAGCUGUUCGUGGGGAACGUGCCCGAGGAGGCCACGGCCGAGGAGCUGGGCGAGCUGUUCACGGGUGCGGUGGGGCCAGUGCUCGGCGUGGCUCUCAUGAAGCAGUUCGCCUUCGUGCACCUGCGGGAUGAGGCGGCCGCUGUCCGCGCCAUCGCCCAGCUCAACGGGCACCAGCUGCACGGCCGCCGCAUCGUGGUGGAGCCGUCCCGCCCGCGGCCCACCAACACCUGCAAGAUCUUUGUGGGUAAUGUUUCGGCGGCCUGCACCAGUGGAGAGCUGCGGGCGCUCUUCCAGCAGUACGGGCCCGUGGUGGAGUGCGACGUGGUGAAAGACUAUGCAUUUGUUCACAUGGAGAAAGAAGCAGAUGCAAAAGUUGCCAUCGAAAAUCUUAACGGAAAGGAAGUGAAAGGAAGAAGAGUCAAUGUGGAACUCUCUACUAAUGUUCAGAAAAAGGGGGCAGGACAAAAUGCCCAGGCAGGCAUCAAUGCUGACAAGAGCAAGAGAGCAAGUGUGGACUUUAGAGAGAAAUAUCAACCCAAGAUCGACGGUUACGAGCAGCUUAGGCCUACAGACUCUACAUAUCCAUCAGUCUCUGCAGGAUACACUGCAUCCUCGCUCUACGAUUAUCAGCAGCGCUUUGGUGGCACCAACACUUCAAGCAAAUACAACUCCUUUGACACUCAGACAAGGCAAGCAUCUCCCUCAUAUUUUGGAAGGGACAGAAGCCCAAUUCGACGAUCACCAACAAGAAUCGGUUUUGCCACUGUGUCGCUACCCAUGACAGCACAACCAGCAUCCUACAGAGCUCAGCCAUCAACCUCACUGGGUGCAACCUACAGAGCCCAGCCCUCUGCAUCUCUCGGAAUGUCUUACAGACCCCAGCCAACAACGGGACAGGCAGCAUCUUACAGGGCCCAGCCCUCGACCUCACUUGGAAAUACUUACAGAACCCAGUCCUCUGUUUCACUAGGAGCUUCUAAUACCCAGCCUGCAGCCUCAUCACUAAAUUCCUACAGCGCUCAGGCUGCUGCUGCUUACAACACCCAGGCUGCAGCUUCCCAGUUAGCCUCUUAUGGGGUCCAGUCCACAGCAACACUAGCAUCAUCCUAUGGAGCUCAGCCUUCAGCCUCGCAUGCAGCCUCUUAUGGUACUCAGCCUGUGGCUGGUUACUCAGCCUCCUAUGGAGCUCAGCCAACAGCCACACAUGCAGCCGCUGCCUAUGCAGCUCAGUCUGCAGCUGGUCACACAGCCACCUAUGGAGCCCAGCCUGUGGCCACACACGUAGCCGCCUAUGGAGCCCAGCCUGCAGCCAGCCACUUGGCUUCUUACGGAGCCCAGCCUGUGGACAGCCACUCAACCUCUUAUGGAGCCCAGCCUGCAGCUACUCUCUCAGCCUCAUAUGGAGCUCAGCCUGUGGCUGGCCAUUCAGCCUCGUAUGGCGCCCAGCCUGCAACUGCUCUCGCAGCCUCGUAUGGCGCCCAGCCUGUGGCCGGUCAUUCAGCCUCGUAUGGCGCCCAGCCUGUGGCCGGUCAUUCAGCCUCGUAUGGCGCCCAGCCUACAGCUGUGCUCUCAGCAACCUAUGGCACCCAGCCUGCAUCCACUCUGGCUGCAUCUUAUAGCAAUCAGUCUGCAGCAGCUUCCUACAAAUCACAGGUCUCUGCUCCACUGACCACACCCUAUAGAACACAGUCUUCAAACUCAAUGUCAGCUUCAUAUACAGCACAGCAGCCCUCCUCUGUUCCCUUGGCAGUCACUUUCAGAGCUCAGCCUGUGACCGCAUAUGAUGGGCCAACCCAGCUUGGACAACAAGCAACCCCGUAUUUGGGACUGUCUCAGUCUUCUGCUGCUGCUGCUGCCAUCGCACCACCAUACGAACGCACCCGUCUUUCUCCUCCACGGAGUGCUGGCUAUGACGAUCCUUUCAAAAAAUCAUCUGCUUUGGCUAAAAGGUACAGUUCUGACCGCCGUUUAUCUGACCUCUCAGAUUACCGUCGUUUAGCAGACUCGCCACUUGUGUACCGUCAUUCGCCGACAAAGUCCCCGCUGGAUUAUCGCCGUCUUCCAGAACCGCAUUCCGACUAUGCCCGUUAUUCGGGUGCCUAUGGCGAUUAUAUGCAUACUGCUCGGCUACAUUCUAAUUACCAGCGCCGCCUGUAGUGGGGUAGGGGUUCCUGUUCCAGAUGGGGGCAGUAUCAUUAAUUACAUGUUCCCCAUUGGGACACGCUUUCUUAGCAUAAAGCCAAUCUGCGUCUUUAUUAGGCUGGCUUCCUCAUUCAGUUCUCUGCAGAUUCUGAGUUAUUAAAUUUCCUUCCCUCCCAUGCUAUCUCAGGUGUCAUUACAGCCUGUCAUUUUGGCUCUGUUCCUUCAUGUCACUUGAUUAAAGAAUUAUUAGAGGCGAUAGUAUGAGGCGUGUCUGAGACAUGCUACUACAUCCAACACAAAUAGCAUUCUCCUGGUUUUUACUUUGGGGGAUUUUAUUUUCAGCUGCCUUUUUUGUUGCGUUUUUAGAAUGAUCUGAAUUUAUGAUCUCAAGAAGAACCUGUCCUGCAACCCCAGGAACAAUGUAGACGACUGCUGCACAUUGUGUCUUUGAAAGUCGAAGACUCGAGUUCCUUCGUGCUCCAGUAGGGCUAAGAAUGCCAUAGCAUAUCUGGAAUCGGUUUUUGUUUGCGACUCCUGAUGCUAAUGUCUCUAUUAGUAAGACAUAAGCUGCUCAUGCAGGAUUCCUAAUAAAUGCAAUUCACAAUGACUGUUGCUCAGUAUUGUUUUUAUAACCCGAGCAAUUGCUUUCUCUGAAUAGAAGAGCAAAUGCUCUUUUAUGUAACAUGAAAAUCCUUUUUCUUUUUACACCGGUGUUAAUUUUGCAGUAGAUGUGAUGUUCGAAUCUAUACAUCUGAAAUGAGUUAGUUUUUGUAUUGACUGUAAAUAAAAUGGGGGCUAUUUACAGUUUA